AUGGCCACGAUUUGGCCACGCCUAGCAUAUGCCUUGGCAUUGUGCUUGAUAAUAAGCACUGUAGCUGCCGACGGUGAGCCAACUCCAUACAAGUACGAGUCACCUCCGUAUAAAUACGAGUCACCACCACCACCUUCAUACAAGUACGAGUCGCCACCUCCUCCUCCCUAUAAGUACAAGUCACCACCACCACCUCCGUACAAAUACGAGUCACCUCCUCCUCCUCCUUACAAGUACAAAUCACCACCACCACCUUCGUACAAGUACGAGUCGCCUCCACCUCCUCCCUACAAGUACAAGUCACCACCACCACCUCCGUACAAGUACGAGUCGCCUCCUCCUCCUCCCUACAAGUACAAGUCACCACCACCACCUUCGUACAAGUACGAGUCGCCUCCUCCUCCUCCCUACAAGUACAAGUCACCACCACCACCUCCGUACAAGUACGAGUCGCCUCCUCCUCCUCCCUACAAGUACAAGUCACCACCACCACCUCCGUACAAGUACGAGUCGCCACCUCCACCACCAUAUAAGUAUGAAUCACCUCAUCCUCCUCCUUACAAGUACAAGUCACCACCACCUCCUCCAUAUAAGUAUAAGUCACCACCACCUCCUCCAUACAAGUAUGAGUCACCACCUCCACCACCAUACAAAUAUAAGUCACCCCCACCACCUCCAUACAAGUACGAGUCACCACCUCCACCUCCAUACAAGUAUAAGUCAUCACCACCUCCUUCAUAUAAGUACGAGUCACCUCCUCCUCCUCCCUACAAGUAUAAGUCACCACCAUCAUCCCCAUACAAGUAUGAGUUACCUCAUUCUCCUCCUUACAAGUAUAAUUCGCCACCACCACCUCCGUACAAGUACGAGUCACCACCUCCACCUCCCUAUAAGUACAAGUCACCACCACCACCUCCGUACAAGUACGAGUCGCCACCUCCACCUCCAUACAAGUACAAGUCGCCACCACCACCUCCAUACAAAUAUGAGUCACCACCUCCGCCACCUCCAUAUGUGUACAAGUCACCCCCACCUCCUUCGUAUGUUUACAAGUCACCUCCACCACCUACGCAUUACAAAUAAAUUCCACAAAAUCCUAUUUUCAUAUAAAGAUACCUUCUUCUCCAAUCUCAUUUAUUUCCACCUCAUUACAUAUGUAAGCCUCUGUGUCCUUCGUUACAUUCGAUUCCACCUCAAACCUCCAAGUCUCCUCCCCCAAUAUAUAUAUUCCCUCCAACUCCAUAUUACUACACGCCUCCAUCACCUCUUUAUCCAUGUCAUUCCCUUACUUAACACUAUAAGCCACCUCGUAUCUAUCAAUGCGUGCACUAAGUUUAAAGAAGCCUAAUUAUUUAAUAAAACAAAGGCAUUUCCUUGUACAUGCUUUGUGGUUUCAUCUACCAUUUUAUUUAAUCUAAGAUACAUUUAUGUGUUCGAUGUUGGUGUAAUAAGAGAAGGGAUUGUAGCUACAAGAAGUCGUCAAUUGGUUUCUUGCAAGCUUUGUGGUUUGUCCUUCGAAUUAUAGCCCCCUUUGCGGGUAAU